AUGUCAAUGAAAAAAGAAGAUCAACUCAAAUUAGAUUCCAUCAAAAGGUUUCCAUUCACAAUUCUUCAUCUUGUUGAUGAUUUUAUUCCAAUUACAGUAGUUGCACCUAUGGAACGUGUAAAAUUACUCCUUCAAUGCCAAAAUGAAAUGCUGAAACAAGGUACCAUUAUUCGACCAUACAAUGGUGUUAUUGAUUGUAUCAUGCAAACUUUCAGAAAUCAAGGUACCUUGUCAUUCUAG